AUCCUUGCGAGGAUGAACACGAGUUCGAGAGGAUCAAAUUCUUCCAUUCUUAUGGAGAUAUGGGAAUGAUACUUGGAUUAAUGGCAGCAAACAUUGGACUCAAGCUGGGACAAACUGGGUUAAAGAUUCCUGACCCUCCUAACCCUCAUUUCGUGUUGAGCGUCAACUUCGACGACAUUAUGGACUUCCUGGGCCUUUCCAGGGAAGUCUAUAACUCCGGAUUCAAAACAAGAAUGGAGGUGUAUGAAUGGGUUUGCACCAUGAAAUGGUUUGAUCCAUACAUGUUCAGGCCUACUGGGCAAGGCAUUGCGAAACUGAAGCCCGACCGCACGAUGUACGCUGAAUUCGUCCUUUUUGUUACGAACAACUGGUCUAUCUCAGAAUCGGAAAGGAUCAGAAAGAGAGACGACAAGAAAAGCCGCGACGCCCUUUUUCAGACCGUCAAACUGGAGGCAUUGAACUAUUUUGAUAAAACAGCUCAAUUCGAAACACGUUUGGAAUCUCGGAGGAUUCAACAGCGUACUCAAGCCGUCUUCUCCGGACAUAGAGUUCGGGACUGGGCAGAGUUGGGGGAACAUUGGAAGGGUGUAAAGAUGAUCAUGGAUAAGAUUCGAGAGAUGCUAGGGGGAGAACGGAAGGUUUUGGAGUUCUAUGAUUCAAAUGGGGAAGAUGCUCUACGGGCGCUUGUGGUUGCAGUCAGGGAUGACCUUGGAAUAUAUAGAAGGGCCACAUGAUCGGGUAGAAGAAUAUCUAUACCGCUGUUGUGCUUGAGCCCAGAAUCAAGUUUAUGUCACGGUAAUACUA